AUGCAGUUCAAGAACCUUGCCCUCAUCGCUGCUGCGCUCAGCACCGCCGCCGCUGAGUUCGUCAUCAUCACUGACGUCCCUACUCCCACCCGCCUUUCGGAUCUCACCAACCUCAAAUCCUACAUCUCCUCCCUCCAGAACUUCGUCACCUCCAAGGUCGCCGCCGAGUCCAUCGGGCCCAGCGCUAUCUCUGCCGCCGCAUCUGCUCACCUCGCGCUCGUGUCCUUCGCCGCCACGGCAUCCUACAGCAUUCCCUCCGAUGUCACGAAGGUCGGUGGCCUCCAGACGUUCACCACGGUUCCCGAUUGGUACAGCGCGCUCCCAAGCAACGUCAAGAGCUACUAUGACGCAAACAACGCGCGCGUGCAGAGCAUCGUGAACGAGGCUGUUGGCGCCACUCCUACGUCUGGUGCGAGUGGAAACCCGACAGGCUCGGGGUCUCAGGCCAAGAGCACGGCUGCUGCGCCAAGUUCGGUCGUGAAGGUGGUUGGUGCUGGUGUUGCGGCUGCAUUUGUCGGUGUCAUGGCCUUGUAA